GUGAACUCAAAAUGUUCGUCGCUUGAUAUGUCGAAUGCAGCAGCUGACACAGAGUAACUUGAGUGAGAGGGAUUGAAGCAACUCCGCGAACAUAAUGGAGGACCCAUUGCUGUGGGCUCUGGUGGUACUGCUGGUUCUCUUCUCCAGCCUGGAUGUGUGGUAUUACCUGAGAGCAGCUGUGGUGCUAAUCCGCGCCUGGUUCCAGCCUCCAGUGUGGGAUGUGCUGGGCGAGCAGACCAUGAGUGGACGAGUGCUGCCUCACGACAUGGACCUGUGCCACAUGAACAACGCACGCUACCUGCGGGAGUGUGACUUUGCCCGGCUCUCGCUGUACAUGCGCAACGGUGUCUUCAAGGCCCUCCGAUCCCUCGGGGGCAGCCUGGUCGUCGGGGCGACCACCAUACGCCUCCGACGGGCCCUGUGCGUGGGAGAGGCCUUUCGUCUCCGCAGCCGCAUUGUCACCUGGGACGAGAAGGCCUUCUUUCUGGAGCAGCGCUUCGUCUCGGGGAAGGAUGCCCGCGUGUCCGCUGUCAUGUACUGCAAGCAGAACAUCGUCGGCUGCAGCCCAGACAAGAUCCUCCAGUUCCUCUGCAAGAGAAAGGUGGAAUGUCCAGAAGUCCCAGAGGAUCUCCAGCACUGGAUCAACUUUAUCUCUGCCAACAGCCAGGCUUUGAGGGCCGAGAGCGGACUGGAUGAGAAGAGCAAAUGAGGACCCAGCACCAAGCCCAUCCCAAUGGACAAUGAAAGACAAGAAUGUUAAAUAGCAAGCAUUAUAUGUGCAUGUUUACAGGCAGACAUCCAAAGACUCAGUCUCAGAGUGCUACAUUAUUUUAGUUAAUAAGCUGAAGAUUUUUUUUGAAAGAGACUCAAAUAUUUUCCUAUUGAUGUGGCAUGUUAUUUUUUCCUAUGUUGUGAGGUAUGCUAAGAGAGGAAAUCGGCCUACUGCUUAAUAACUUGUAUGCAAAAGGCUUUGUGGUAAGCCUUGACUGCGAAAAAUAUAGGCUGCAGGUGUGAUGAGAGAUAUUCUAUUGUCUGAAUAAAUGCGAAAUGGCCGUGAA